AUGGCAACGAAUCUCUCAGACGAUUAUGAGUUCCUGAUAAAAGGAUUGAACACCUGGGAAUUCCCAAGUGAUAUAACCCCUUCUGAACUCCUCCUUAUUAGUGAAGCUUCCUUCCCAGUGCUGGUGAAUAGAAGUUACCAGGUCCUCAUUGGUGCUUCCCACUACGGUCAGGGGCGCAUGGUGGUGCUGUCACAUGAAAAUUGCUUGUACAGUGACAAAAUGGCUCCCUUCCUCAAAAAUGCUGUGAAGUGGCUCGGACAAAGUAAAGAAAACGGCAUUGGGGUGAACAAAUCUGUAGAACGCCUGGCUGGUAUCCUCCAAGAUGCUGGGAUCAAGGUACAGAUAGUCAAUUAUUGUUAUUCCCUGAAUGUUUUCUGCACUGAUGCCUUUGACAGCACCAACACCAAACAGCUGGUUCAAUUUGUGAAGAAUGGUGGAGGGUUGCUCAUUGCAGGCCAUACUUCAAAAUGGGCAAAAGAACACAGUGACUCAAUUCUAGACAACUUCCCUGGGAACCAUGUGACUAGCGUGGCCGGCAUAUACUUCACUGAAACCCAGGCAGACACCCGUAAUCUUAAGUUAUAUCGGAAGAUACCUAAGAUUCCUCUCAAAAUCAAGUUUGAGGAGAAUAUCUCCAAAGAACAGCAACGGAUUCUGGAUGGAAUCUCAAAGCUAGACAUCAGAGAUUGUGGGAUUCCAUCUCGCCUGUUAGUCCAUGGGUAUUUGGCUUUCCCUCUUGGACUUAGUGAUCCUCUUGACUGUUCUGUGGCAGGAGCCUGCUAUGGUCGAGGUCGAGUGAUAGUUCUUUCCCAUGAGGGCUUGCUCAUCUCUCCUAAAUUGGGUCAAUUUCUGAUCAAUGCUGUUCGUUGGCUGAAAGGAGAUCAGAUAGGCAAAAUUGGAGUGAUCCCACCAUGUCAAAACUUAUUCCACUGGCUCACUAAAAAUGGCAUGGAUUGUAUUUUACAAAACAAUGUGUCUGCUGAGUUGAGUGUCUACUGCUGCACUGUGUAUAAUGACAGUCAGGCAAAGCAAAUUCUGGAAUUUGUGGCAGAAGGUGGAGGGUUGCUGAUUGGAGGCCAAGCCUGGUAUUGGGCCUCUAAGAACCCAAACAAGUCUGUUUUUUUCGACUUUCCUGGUAACCGCAUUCUCAAUUCCUUUGGCAUAUCCAUCCUUAAUCAGUCUGUGAAGAAGGGCCACUAUGAUUGCCCUAGGCCAGGGCUAAAGAACUAUCACUUCCGCUUAGCUAUAGCCCAGUUCUUUGAGGAGGUAAAAAAUAAGACUGAAAAGUUCCCAAAAGAUUGGCACUCAAAGCUCAGCACGGACUAUUCAGCCUUCCUAUGGAUGUCUACAGGAGAAAUCCCCUUCUAUGACCAUGUACAUCGAAUGUUAAAGAAGGUGAUAAAAAUGAUUAAGCUUCCCAUUAUCAACAAUAACAAUCCUUUGUUCAAAAACUCCUGUAACAGCACUCUGAUCCACCUAGUCUCUGAACUGUCCUAUGUCAAGCCAGAUUUUGCUUCAAAACUCUAUAAAUCAGGGUACCAAACUUCAAUCCAUCCUUCAUCCUCACCAGAAUACUCUGUCAACAUGGAGAUGAAUCUCACCAGUCAAAGUGGCAGUAUUUGGAAAAGUACUGGACUUUACCUCCCUCAAGGCUGCACUCUAAAUAUAACAAUACCACAUUCUGCUUGCUCCUCAAACAUAAAGGUGCAAAUUGGCUGCCACACUGACAAUCUGAUGAAUCAUGAUAAGAUACUCAGAGCACCUAAAAUUGUUUACCAGUAUGACUUGGCCAAACCAGAUAAUUCAAUCUCCACCCUCUGGGGUGGUCUUGUCUAUAUCAUUGUGCCCCAUGGCUGUUCUUUGGGAAAUACAAUUGUCACCUUUACUGGAGCUGAACCUGCCCCUUACUUCGUACUUGGAGAGACAUCUGUGGAGGAAUGGAAGCAUUUCAUCCGCCACCAUCCAGUGCCGUGGGGGGAACUCCAGGCAGAUAGCAUUAUCCUGACAGUGCCAGCGAAAAGUCUACAAUGUAUAGAGAACCCUGAACCCGUGCUCCGCCUCUGGAAUGAGAUAACAGAAGCCAUAGCUAAACUUAGUGCCAAGCCUCACCCAUUUCCUCGACAUGAGAGAAUUGUCUCUGAUGUGCAGAUCGCAUAUGGUUGGAUGCAUGCAGGGUACCCUGUCAUGGUCUUCUUAGAUGUAGUGGAUGAACUAAUCUCUGAAAAAAUCUUAAGGAAAAAAGGCUUGUGGGGUCCCAUUCAUGAGCUGGGUCAUAACCAGCAAUUUCAUGCCUGGGAGUUUCCCCAACAUACCACUGAUGCCACCUGCAACCUUUGGUCUGUCUAUGUGCAUGAGAAAGUUUUGAAGAUCUCCAGGAAUCAUGCACACCCUGGACUGAGGCCUGAACAACGGCAAAAAAGAUUGGAAGAAUAUAAGAAAAAGGGUGCUCCCUUGUCAAUGUGGUGUACUUGGACAGCCCUGGAAACAUAUCUGCAGUUGCAGGAAGCCUUUGGCUGGGAGUCUUUCAUCCAAGUCUUCAAAACAUACCAACAGCUGACUAAUGUGCCUAAAGAGAAAGAAGGCAAAAUGAACCUGUGGGUGACAAAAUUCUCUGAACAGGUGCAGAAAAAUCUGGCUCCUUUCUUUAAGGCCUGGGGCUGGCCUGUUCAGAAGGAGGUGGAAACAGCCAUUGCCCACCUGCCUGAAUGGAAGGAGAACCCCAUGAAGGUGUAAUUCCAUAAAAAAAAAAAAAAAAGAAAGUUAUCUUUAUAUAUAUUUUGAAAAUAAAAAGCUAUUAUUUUUAAAAAUAAAAAAAAAGAAUUAAAAAAUA